AUGGGUUCGCCGCUGGAAGGCUGUGUAGGAUCAUUGCGGAACAGCAUGCAAUUGCUCGACUCGUCUAUCAAUAUUCUGGCUGAGGGCGUGAACGACUUCCCUCGUUUGGCAAAGGUGCUCCAGACCACAAGACAUUUCGAACUCAUCUCCGAAUCCGAUCUUCAAACUGCCCAGUCCGCGCUGCUCUCAGAGAUACGGCCAGAAGUUGACAAUCUCUUGAAACGAGUCGAGAACUAUCUUGAUAAGCUCGAACGACGCGAGCAAUCACUCAUCGCCAAGUGCGACCUUAACGACGGCCGGCUAGGGCGCGAUAGCUCGGGCGCGACUGGGUCACGUCCAAAUAGCAGGGCUAUGCAAAGAGGAACGACAGGGAAGGCUAUGAGUGCACAGCAAGAGUUGAGAUACAAGCAACUGAGGCAAAAGAAGGACCGAUUGAGCUAUGCGGUGGAAACACUUGAGAUGCAGGCGAAGCAAAGAGAAAGACAGCUACGGAUGAGCAUGGCAGCGCCGCAGCAGUUCUAUGACGACUAA